UUAUCUAUUCUGAAUUGAUGGGCAUUUGGGUUAUUUCCAGGUCUUGAGAGCUAUUAAUAAUACUGCUAGGAUCAUUGAUGUCUAAGUUUUUGUGGAGACAUUUAUUUAAAGUUAGGAUGUGUGAAAUCAUGUUUCUUUGCAAUUACUCAUGCAUUGUUCAUUCUUUUUCUUUUUUUUUUUAAACCCUCUUGUGGGGUGGGGAGAGGCCACACCUGGCUGUGCUGAAGGCUAACUCCUGGCUCUGUGCUCAGUUGAGACAACAACAGUGGUUUCCAGGAGUGCAAUGUUUGGAGAAGUGAGGAAGUUUUCCGGUGUAAGAUGGAGGCCUCGGUUAUAUUACCCAUUCUAAAGAAAAAACUAGCCUUCCUUUCAGGAGGAAAGGACAGACGAAGUGGCCUCAUUCUGACAAUUCCUUUAUGCCUUGAACAGACAAAUAUGGAUGAGCUAAGUGUCACUUUAGACUACCUACUCAGCAUUCCAAGUGAGAAGUGCAAAGCUAGAGGAUUUACGGUGAUUGUGGAUGGCAGAAAAUCACAGUGGAAUGUGGUGAAAACAGUAGUCUUAAUGCUUCAGAAUGUUGUUCCAGCUGAAGUGUCCCUUGUUUGUGUAGUGAAGCCAGAUGAAUUCUGGGAUAAGAAAGUAACACAUUUUUGUUUUUGGAAAGAAAAGGAUAGACUUGGCUUUGAGGUUAUUUUAGUGUCUGCCAAUAAAUUGACUCGUUACAUAGAACCAUGCCAGUUAACAGAAGAUUUUGGUGGGAGUCUCACUUAUGAUCACAUGGACUGGUUGAAUAAGCGGCUGGUUUUUGAGAAAUUUACAAAGGAAUCUACAUCAUUAUUAGAUGAACUUGCUCUGAUAAACAAUGGAAGUGAUAAAGGAAAUCAACAAGAGAAAGAAAGGUCUGUGGAUUUAAAUUUUCUUCCAUCAGUUGAUCCUGAAACAGUUCUUCAGACAGGCCAUGAAUUGUUAUCCGAAUUACAGCAGCGCCGGUUUAAUGGCUCAGAUGGAGGGGUCUCAUGGUCUCCUAUGGAUGAUGAGCUGCUGGCACAGCCACAGGUUAUGAAAUUAUUAGAUUCACUGCGAGAGCAAUAUACCCGUUACCAGGAAGUUUGCAGGCAAAGGAGUAAGCGUACACAGUUAGAAGAGAUUCAACAGAAGGUGAUGCAGGUUGUGAACUGGCUUGAAGGGCCUGGAUCAGAACAACUACGAGCCCAGUGGGGGAUUGGAGACUCCAUUCGGGCCUCUCAGGCCCUACAGCAGAAGCACGAAGAGAUUGAGAGCCAACACAGUGAAUGGUUUGCAGUCUAUGUAGAACUUAAUCAGCAAAUUGCAGCUCUCUUAAAUGCUGGGGAUGAGGAAGAUCUGGUGGAGCUGAAGUCACUGCAGCAACAACUUAGUGAUGUUUGUUACCGACAGGCCAGUCAGCUGGAGUUUAGGCAAAAUCUCUUACAAGCAGCUCUUGAAUUUCAUGGUGUUGCCCAAGAUUUGUCUCAGCAGUUGGAUGGCUUAUUAGGGAUGUUGUGCGUAGAUGUAGCACCAGCUGAUGGAGCAUCGAUUCAGCAAACUUUAAAACUGCUUGAAGAGAAGCUGAAAAGUGUUGAUGUAGGAUUGCAAGGUUUGCGUGAAAAAGGCCAAGGUCUUCUGGAUCAGAUCUCCAAUCAGGCAUCCUGGGCCUAUGGAAAGGAUGUAACCAUUGAAAAUAAAGAAAAUGUGGACCACAUACAAGGAGUGAUGGAAGAUAUGCAGCUUAGGAAACAAAGAUGUGAAGACAUGGUAGAUGUGCGAAGGUUAAAGAUGCUGCAAAUGGUGCAGUUAUUUAAGUGUGAAGAAGAUGCUGCCCAGGCAGUAGAAUGGCUAAGUGAACUUCUGGAUGCUCUGCUGAAGACCCACAUCAGAUUGGGCGAUGAUGCUCAGGAAACCAAAGUUUUGCUGGAAAAGCAUAGAAAAUUUGUUGAUGUUGCACAGAGUACUUAUGACUAUGGAAGACAGUUGCUCCAGGCCACAGUUGUGUUGUGCCAGUCUUUGCGUUGCACUUCUCGAUCUUCCGGGGACACACUUCCUCGUCUGAACAGAGUAUGGAAGCAGUUUACAAUAGCAUCUGAAGAGCGAGUACAUAGACUGGAGAUGGCCAUUGCAUUUCACUCAAAUGCAGAAAAGAUUUUGCAAGACUGUCCAGAUGAGCCUGAAGCUAUUAAUGAUGAGGAGCAGUUUGAUGAAAUUGAAGCAGUUGGGAAAUCACUUUUGGAUAGAUUAACUGUUCCUGUAGUUUAUCCUGAUGGAACUGAACAGUAUUUUGGGAGUCCAAGUGACAUGGCUUCUACUGCAGAACAUAUCAGAGACAGGAUGAAACUGGUUAGUCUCAAAAGGCAGCAGCUGAGACAUCCUGAGAUGAUGGCCACAGAGAGCUAAUAACUGCCCACUUCCCAGACCUGCAGCUCAUAUUCCCGCAUGUCGUCUGCAUCCUACAGCCACCUCCGUACCUUCAGAUGCAUUUCACAGCCAGGAUAAGCCUCAUUUGUUUCCAUAGACAUUUCUCUCCACGUUUUAACACCUUGAAGCUACCAAGGCAUCAUUCUUUAAUAUGUUUUGAGACCAUAGACUCCAAGUAUUUUAAAAAAAGGAACUGUAAACAUUGCACUGAAAAUUUGAUUUAAAGCUUUAUCUGACCUGUCAGUUUGUAGGUGAACAACUGAUAAUAAGCUUUGAUUGGUGCUAAUAAGAGUUUAGGAAUUCUCUUUAAAAAGUGGUUGCCCUUCUUCCCCAGGUGAUAUAGUAAAUUUAGAUUGAACUUAAUCUGUUACUAGUAGACAAUGAUGUCCUCAUUUUUUUAUUUUAUAAUUUUUCUUUAAAUUUUAUUAUUUUAUUGUGUCAGUAUGAAGAAAUCCCUUCAGAUCUUUGAUAUAUUCACUAAAAGACACUUUUUCUAUUUGUAUUGAUAAUGUAUUAAAAGUUGGUUGUGCUUAAUAAAAGGCUUCUUUUAAACAUCUUAUUUAAUUUGGUGAUUAUAUCCUAUUUUCAUAAUGAGUGCCUUACUUAAAAGGGCAUUCUUAGGAUUGUGAAGAUGGUAUAAUAUUUGUUUUUUCAUGUUGGUUGCAUGUAUCUUAGCCAGAAAAUUUAUAUGUAAGCAUGUAUAUAGAAUAAUUAAGCAUGUUUUAUUAUGAAAAGUAAUUGUAAAAAACAAGUUAGAUCUUUAAGAACUUGUGAAUAAUGGAAUACUAAUUCUAAUUAUUCUCUUUUUCACCUUGAAAAAUAAUGGCAAAAUUUUGUUUUCAGGGGGAGAAGUGUUAAGAGAAGGAGGCAUACAUAAUUAGGCAACAUAAUCCCUGGUAUCAGAGUGAUAUUUCUGGAACUCAGAUUGCAAUUGUUAAAAAAAAUCUAACUUGUCAUAAAAGAAGCUAAAUAAAUCCUAAAGUGUCUAAUUACAAAAACUGUACAACUCAUUUAGAAAAAAAAUACUAAAUGCCAGUACCUUAAUUUUAUAUUAUGUUUAAAUGUUAAGACACAUAUAAUUUAAAUUUUGUUAAGUUAUAUGGUUUUUCAUUUCAGAAAAUUUUUUUGAAAAAGAUUUAAAAAAAUAACUUUAGUUGUGAUUGAUACAGAACUGUACAAAGACUUAUAUGCUGGUUUCUUCUCCUUUGUCUACAAAUGUUCUUAUAUGCUCCAAUGCAAAAAACUCCAUCUGAACAUUCUAAUUUCUCCAGCAUUCUUCACUGCCAGAUUCCGUAGAGAAAUGUUUAUCCAUUGCCCCUACAUUCUCCUUGCUCCCUGCUAAGCACCGUGCAGUCUGGUUCUCUACCACACUGUGGUGAAAUGAUUCUAAGAGGGCUUGUAGGUAUCAGAUUGAAUGAUUUUUUUUCUCAAUCCCUUUCGGUUUUUUCUUCUCUGAUUCUUCAACAUUUUGUACCACUGAGUAACCUAUCCCAGAGUAAGUAUAUCCUCCCUUGAAGAUAGUGUUCUCUGCCAUAACUGUGAGUAUAGUCACAUAACUUAAUUCAAAUGUGUUUUCAUUAAACACUAAGCAUCACAGAUGUUUGUCUUUAGAAUAUUUCAGGAUCUUCUGUGAGUAUCUAUCGUUCUUCUGUGGGUGUCUCAUUUAGAGUUUCUGUUUUAUCCCUGUGUCCUAUGUUGUGUGUCUCUUCCAAAAUUCUACACCUGUGCUUUAGCUACCUACUUGAUGUUUCAACUUCAAUGAAUUUGUUUAUAGUAUUAAUCGCUGUUUUCAUCCUGGAGCAAUUUUACUUAGAGUUUCAGCCUUUUUUUCUAUUCAGAAAUGCCAGAAAAUAUGGGGCCAAAGUUUUCAACUGUUCCUUCUUGUCUUAUGCUGCCAAUGCUUCCGGAACAUCCUGGAAGUUCUUUCUAUAUUUGAUAAUCCUCUCAGUCUUUUAGGGCUUAUCUACUAUAAGUAUGAAUUUCUGCAUUUCUUCAUUUAAAUCUUUAUGAUGGUGCUAAACACAUUUUUUGAGUUGUUUAUAUCUAUACCUGCUGUAUCGUAAGUUCUCGAGGGAAUGAUUCUUGUGUGACUUAUAUUUCCAGCCUUUUGCUCUUGGGUAACAGUUGUUCAGUUCCCCUGUAUGUGAGUGGUCUAUUAUAAGAGUAGUAAUAAUCCUGGUUGGAGUCUGAUGUGUGUUUUAAACAAAUUUUCUAAUACUAUGAUUGACUUACAAGUAAACCUGCUCAUAAGGAAGCCAUUUGGCAUUAAAUAUAAAUGGAAAUCAGCUAAUUUAGAUAUUUACUCAUAUUCUUAUCAUUUUUUUACUGAAUUUCAGAACAGUUAAAAUGUCUUUAUUAGGACUUUGCUAGAAGGGAACAAGAUUAUAAGUAAUCAGACUCUUAUUUCUAGCAUACACUCACCUAUUUAUCAUUAGAUGAAUUAACUGUCAUAUGCCUUAAGCUAUCCUGCCUACCAGACAGAAGUAAGGUUGCAUCUGAAAGUGUUAUUUUCAAUUUGAAUAUUUCAGAUAACAUGAAAGUCCUUCCAGAACAGUAAAUAUUGUUGUUCAUUUGUAAAUUUGCUGCUACUUGGUAUCUGUAUAUAUAGUAAUGAAUGAAAACCCAACAAUAUCCCAAUAUAAUCUGUCUUACCCCCCAUAGGGUCAUAGGUUUUUUAGAGUACAUGUGAAGGAAGUGACUGAAGUCUAUUAUAAAUCACAAACUCUUGCAUGUUCACAUACAAAUAGAGAAAGCACCAUCAUUUCUAUUGAUAUUUGCCACCUCAUUUCACAUUACUCUAGUUCAUCUCAGGGAAUGAUUAAAUAAUAAUUGGGAAUCAUUUGCUUUUUUUACCUCUGGUUUUGGGAUUUUUGUCUUUUCCUUGUGUUUUCUAAUCGUUAUGUUUGCUCCAGUGUAAUCUGUGUGUGUGUGUGUGUGUGUGCAUGUGUGCUAGCAUGCGUGUGUGUGUGUGUGUGUGUGUGUGUGUGUGUGUGUGUGUGUGUAAAACAGAAGUUUGGCAUCUUUUUUUUCUUUUCUUUAUACUUGUCAAACCCAACAGAGUUAUGAUGGAAAGGUAACCCCAUUUUGGAUGAAUUUGGCAUUAUUCCCAGUUCUCAUUGUUCAUGAUCUUAUUCUAGAAUGAUUCAUUGGUGAUGGACAUCCUGCCAGCUUAGAUGUUGGCAAGCCUAGGCUUCAUGGCUGUGUAGAAUACUGUACACUUCUCUUAUCAUAUAGUCAAUUUGGCCAGUGUUCUCAAGUGUUAUAAAGUCUUAUAAUGUUCAUUGUUUAAUCAUUACUGUAGAAAUUGGCAUAAGUUGUGCCAUUCAGUUCUUUUUUUUUCUUAAUUUAGUAUUAUCUUUGAUAGCUUAUUCCUUAAUAAAAGCAUGAGAAUUACUUUUUUCUAAUAGUUCUAGGCAAAUUAUACUCUCUAAUUUAAAACAGGUGGCACAAUUGAAAGAUUAGCUGAACCUAUCUCAUUCUAAUGUUUACAUUAGAAAGAAUUUAGAGUUCUUACAUUGUAAAUUUCUUGCCAGAGAGAUUGGACAUUAUAUUGUACUUUUUCCAUUCUCUCAGGAGAUAAUGAAAAUAUGCCCUGGGUACUAAAAACUAAAGAUUAUGAUUGUUAAAGUCCUUUAUAUCUUCAUUCCAUAGAAAAUGGUACAGGCAACUAACAAAGUAAAUAUAAUAAAUGAACAAGACUUGCAUGAGUGGAGAAUCUUAGCUAAAUCCCCAAAGGAAAUUUUUUCUAUAAUUAAAUAAAGGCCAGACAUAGCUGAAUAGCAAACUAAAUUAACAAGCUUGGCAGUUGUCACUGGUCACUUUCAGUUCUGAAUAAGAAGUUUAAUAUGAGAGUAGAAAAGACUCUUCUGGUAUCUAGGGGGAAAAUUCCUUGACAAAGCGAAAUGAAGCACUGGCUUAACAUCACACAUUAUUGUAUUUCAGGGCACACCAUGGAAAAGUCGAGGCUAUACUUUAUUAGUAGGAGGAUAAUGAAGAAAACUCAAAAGUUAAUAUGAAAACAAGUGAAUCUAAUGGAAGUUGUUUGGAGUCUGAAUAUCUGAGUUCAAAAUCUGAUUUAGCCAUGAACUAGUCUAUAAAAAUCACUAGACUUCUCUGGUUAUUAAAUACAAAUGCAUAAAAUAAUUUCAGGAAUAAAUUACAGUUUUUUUAAGUUAGCUAAAUUGUUAUCCAAAAUGGGAAGUAUUUAUUUUGUAAUUGAAAAGAGCAUUGUUUAAUCUUAGGCUUGUCUCCAGUGACAAACAUAAGGUUUGUGGGGAAACAGUAGUUUCUGGCUUGUGCCCAUCACUCAAUCCCAUUUGCCCUGUAGUCAUUUCCCAGUUUUACAUACUGAAAGCAGUAAGGGUAGAGUUAUCACAUCAGUAAAUUACAGAAUUUUUAUAUCAGACUAAUUGGUUCUUAAUAGGAGGAUAAUAGAUCAGAAGACAAGUGAGGAGGAUCAUCUGCUUUGAUGUUGACUGGACAUGGUACAAGUUCAUUAGUAAAAAACUGAAAAAAGUCAUUUGGAGUGGAGAUUAGUAAGAGACAAUUUCUAGAACUAAUGUUGAGCUCAAAUAUAAUGAUAAGGUUAAUAAUGAAGUUGCUUAAUAAUAAGGUUAGAAAGUAAACUUAAAAGCCAUGAGACUUACAUUAUUUAGUCUAACUGCACUGGUAGCAUCAAUGUUGGCAAACUUGGACAAUGAUAAUUCUAGGACUGGUAAUAGAGAUGGACGGAACUAUGAUUGCUCUGUGAAUAACAUAACGUACAAGAAUGUUUGAAGAUUGAAAAGGGUUCAUAGAUAUGUUGAAGAACUUAACUGCACUGUUUUAAAGCAAACUUGAAAACUAGUCACUAGUGCCUGGGCUUCAUAAGACAAAAUUAUGCCUUUACAAGCUUUGAGAUCAAAGAUUAGCUAGCAAGAGCUAAAUAUUUUUAAAGCAGUGAGUACAUUUCUAAAAGCAUCAUGACUGUUUCUAUAAGAGAACUCUUAUGAGGAAAUGUAUGUAGUUCCUACGUAUAAUGUUGUAGGAGCUCUCAUAUAAGUAAAAGCCAGUAUCAGUUUCUAGAUAUUAAGAACAGAAUAUUUACAGAUUUUUAAAUCAGACAUAAAAAACCACUGGACAAAAGACCAUUGAAGACUGAAGCCAACUUAGAGUAUCUCAGGGAGUCAUCUACUUAGAAAUACUUAUAAGCCAAAUGCCAUCUCUAAUGCAUUCUAAAUGCUUCCUCGUAGGGGCAGAAACAGGAAAAUAAUUCUUAUGUUCUUCCUGUCAGAACUUAGGGGCUGUUCACUAUGAUCAAGCUACAUACCAUAUUUUGGGAUUACUCAUCUUUUCUAUUAUAGUUACCUUGGUUCUCUUUCACUUAGUAGUCAGGGUAAAAUCUUUUUCUGUUCUUGACUUUUCUCUUAAGAAUGUUUCUUCAUCUUACCUCUUAUUUUAGUCAAUCUAACCAGCAAUAUUGCUCGGAAUUUAUGUAUGUAUUCUAUUUUUUAGAGGUGUGAGGGAAUCAAAAAAUCACUUUGACAAACUUGAGCCAGAAUGGAAUCGAGAACUUAUUUCUCACCUCACACUCAGGAAUAUCCUUUACAUGCUCUGAAAUUUCUAAAUUAAAGCCAAGAUGAAGAAUUUGAUAGUUAUAUUACAAUAAAGUGAAUAAUAAAAUUACAAGUGGUGUCAUUUUGUAAGUAUUUCCUAUGGAUUUUUCCUCAAGUUUUAUUACAAAAUUUUUUAACUAAAAUGUUGCAAUAUUCCAUCUAGCUAGUUAACAUCAUGCUUUCAUUAUGUAUCUGAAAACUCAUCAGUUAAUCCAGAUAUAUUUAAGGCAUUUAAAACUAUAGAUGUCUACUAAGUAUUUUUACAUACAUAUCAUUAAGUAGAAGUAUUUGCUUAUGUUUUUUCAAAAUGAAAAAUGAGCAUAAACUUAACAGGAAUCUUAAGUGCUCAUCUGCUGAAUUUUGUCAAAUGUGUACAGAAGUAUUAAAAUGUCAAAUAUCAGAAAGUUAUCACAUGGCCCUUCCCAGUCCAUCCUUGUCCCCAUCCUACUUAUUUUUCCUGCCAUAGGUGAGAUUUUUUUUCUAUUCUAGAUCUUGUUGUAAAUAGAUUUGCACAGCAUGUACUCUUUGUAGAUGACUUCUCUUCACUCACCAUGUUUUGGACUUACUCAUGUUGUUGGGCAUAUUAGUAGUUUGUUCCUUUUUAUUGCUGAAUUGUAUUCCAUUCUUUGACUGUUGAGAGUUUUUUUAAAUACAUUUUUCUAUUUAUAAAUACCUGGGUCUUUAUCAAUAUUGACAAAUAUAAAGAAGGCUGCUAUGAUUAUUCUUAACAUAAAUCUGAGAUGACAUAGGCUUUCAUUUCUUUGUGUGACUUCCUAGGGCUAGAAUUUCUAUGUCAUAAUGGUAGUUUUAGAGAAGCUGCCAUGCCAUUUUUCAAUGUGGUUGUAUUGUGUCCUGAAUUUUAACUAUAUUUUGGAUGCGUGGAAAGGUGUAAAGUAUUUUUAUGAUUCAUAUUUGAAACAUUAGGAGUAGAUUUGGGAUAGAAAAAAUAGCAUUAUUCAUGGUCAACAGUUGGUAUUGAGGAAGCAAAUACCUAUCUGCUCAAAACUGCACCCAACGGGUUUCUAUGCCUGAAACUUUUGCAUUUGUUUCCCUUGAAAGAUUAAAAGUGUCCAAGCAUGGUUUUAUAUUAGUUAGAAGAAACAACUUUGGGUUGUUUAAUGUUACUAACUUUUGCCACCCGCUUUCAGUAAAAUAAGAUUGAAUAUUGAACAGAAGAGGUUUAUUUCUAUUCAAAAGGUGGAGAAAGGGUAGUAAGCAACAAGCACUGCCAUUCAUCCCAGGUACAGCAAUGUGAGAGCAUCUGUCUGGCAGGGAAGACUCCUAAAUAGUGGUCAGAAAACAGGGUGGGAAGAAGUCUACCUCACAAUUGUGCGUAGGAGAUAGCUAUGUUUUUGCAAGAUAUUUUAGCCUUUAAAAUCUCAUAUUUUCAAUGUUUUUUUUUAAUUCAGUACCACCCAGCUCUAGUUAUUCAACACCCUAUUUCUAUUGGAUAUAACAGUUACCUAUAUAAGUCUGUAAAAUUAUAAUCAUGUGUGUAUGUUUCCAAUCUAUGUGUUCAAAGAUAUUUAUAUAUGGUUCAUUCGAUCUUUCCUAAUAGAUUUUUAAGGGCUGGGAUAUUUGGCUUCUACUGUAAAUCCUUUUAAUGUGCCACACAUUGUAAAUAUGCAAUAAAAUGUUAAAACUCUAA